CAGAUGUACCGUACGCUAGAAACCACAACCUACAUAUGGAGGAUAUAGUAGUUGUAUUUCAAGAUGACAAUGAAGCUUCUAAAGCGGAAAGACAAACUCAACACGCGAAGAAUAGACUACAGAAUGCACUGCCAGCAUGGCAUGUUCGCAGCACCGUAACAGGUGAAGUUAUGGCUAAUAAUACUGUAAAUACAGGCUCUGCUCAAGAAAAUGAACAAAACGAAGAAAGUGGUAGAACAAAAGAGAAUGAUAGUGAGCUUGAAAGUUUCUACGCAGAAUAUUAUGCAAAUCUUAAUAAUUCUGAAACCGACGCAUCACCAAUGCCUGAAUUAAAUGUGGAUGACGAGGAUGAAUUUAGAGAUGAUAUCGUGCCUGCAGACGAAUUUGUAGAA